AUGCAUCUCACUCAAAUUCUCGUUGGCGCUGCUGCGCUCUUGCCCAACUUGGCCGUUGCCCACCUGGAGGCUCGCGCCAGUAACACGGCUGUCGAUCAGUGUCAGCAAGACAUUCGCUACAACGGCGGCUAUGACUUCUGUAAGACCUUCUUCCCUACCAGAACCGUCACCGUGAACCACGUCGUCUACAAGAACGGAGGUACCACGACGAUCUGCACCACCAAGCAAGCGCCUUGCACCACGACCCCUCCGUCCUAUCACCAGAAGCGAGAGGCAAAGUUCGACCUCAGGGACGCAGAUGGAGCCCGAGGGCAAGUCAAAUGCAAUCGACAGGGUGUUCCAUACAACCUCCAGAAGCAGUACUCCUGCGACGUCAUUGAGAAGGCUUGCCGGCAAUAUUAUCCGCCCAAGUUCAGACUCAGACAGAUCUCUUCGCAGUCCACCAUCGCGGAAUACAAGCCACUGGCAACGGUCUACACCACCAAGACUGUAACCCCUGCAUGCUCUUCCACCACCGCUAAGAGCUCGACAAUGACCAAGAAGAUUGUCGCUUCCCCUUUCUACGACUCCUGGCUCGACACGUUCGACAACAAAAUCGAGUACGCAGUCUACUACGCAGUCUACAAGUGGCAGCACCACAUCCCGCACAACACUUUCUACCACGGCUAUACGGCGGCUAGCACUUCCGCCAGCACUUCUAUCAGCACUUCGGCCAGCACGUCGGUCAGCACAACUGCAAGCAUCUCGACCAGAACAUGUCUCGCCCAAGUCGACGCCUUUUGCCAGCGGAACAGCCUAGAUAUCUCCCAAACCUGCUGCGCUGGCACUACGUGCGUUGAGGUAGAGCCUAAUGUCUACAGAUGCCGCCCGGGUGACUGCAAGACCAAGGUCGACGAUACCUGCGUGCCGAAUAGCUCGGAGCCUUCUGAGACGUGCUGCGAAAGCAGUGGUAACACAUGCCAAGAAGGCCCGCCAAACACCUACUUCUGCCGCCCGGCAAUGCCUACCGUCUGCAAAAGCCAGAUUGACGCCAUCUGCGUGCCGAACACUGCCAUCUUCUCGGAGACAUGCUGCGUGAGCAGCGGCAAUACAUGCUAG